AUUGGUAUGCAAGCAGCGCAGUGUGUGUAUGAGGGAGAGGGACGAGCAAGAGAGAGAGAGGUAGCAGCCAGUGCAAUGGGAUAGAGGAGAGCGAGGAGGAGGAGGAGGAGAGUGAAUGAGAAGCUGCUGGAUCUGCCUUUGCCUGCGUGCCCUGCCUGUCGUCUGCUGAAGCCUGAGGUUUUUUACCGCCGCGCCACCACGCUGCACUGGCACAGAGCGGAGACACGGGCCAUUUGCAUCCAGCAUAUGCACCCUCAGCACCAACACGGAUACACAUAGACAGAUUCUUACUCAACCAGCAAGAAAAGAAACCACGAGACGAGCUCACCAGGCAUUCUCCAGCAUCAAGAGGGGGGACGCAGCACCUACAAAAAGGGGGCCUGACGCUACCAUUUAGGCACCAGCUGCUCCAUCAACCAAAUCCCCCUCCACCUUAUCCCAUCCUUUCCAACACCACCACCACCACCACCACCACCACCACUCCUCUCUUGCUCCUCCCUAUGUCCUUGUCCUCGGCGGCUCCUCUCACCUCCCUGGCCAGUAUAUGGAUAGAAGCUCCCUGUUUCAGCUCAUACAAGAGCAGGUAAGCCAGCCAGCCAGCCAGCCAGCAGGCAAGCAAGCAAGCCGCGACAGAGGUUUCUAUGGUUACGGGGCUCUCGCCACCUCGCCAUCUACCCAGGGAUUGAGACGUGGUUGGAGGCUGGGGGUGAGAGCUGGUGUCAGGAUUUCGUUUGUUUGUGUGCACGGGCAAAAAAUGAGAACGUGAGACAACACCGCGGAUGCGAGCAUCAUGGAGCCACGCUGGCCCCGAGAAUGUGAGCUGGACCCAGAGAACACCGGUUUCAUUCCCAGUGGAGAACUCACCAGCUUGGUGGAGCACCAUGAGCUGCAGUUGGACCCAUCCAAGCUGGACAUGCUGUUAGCCCUGGUCCAGAGCAAUGAAGAGGGACAGGUGUGCUACCAGGAGCUCAUCGAGUUGAUGAGCAGUAAGCGCUCCAGCAGUUUCAGACGAGCCAUUGCCAAUGGCCGCCGCACGCUGCAGAGGGAGAUCCUGCUGGACGAGACGGGGCUGGGUCUGUACAAACGCUUUGUCCGCUAUGUGGCCUAUGAGAUCCUGCCCUGUGAGACAGACAGACGCUGGUACUUCCACCAGAACCGCCUGUGUCCCCCACCUGUGUUCAUCGCCAUCGUCACCAUUGUUCAGAUUAUCGUGUUCAUGUGCUACGGCAUCAUGCUGAACAAGUGGGUACUGCAGACCUAUCAGCCGGACUUCAUGAAGAGCCCCUUGGUCUACCAUCCCGGUCACCGAGCACAAGUGUGGCGCUUCUUCAGCUACAUGUUCAUGCACGUUGGUUUAGAGCAGCUGGGGUUCAACGCUUUACUGCAGCUAAUGAUUGGUGUUCCUUUAGAGAUGGUCCAUGGCAUCUUACGAAUAAGUCUGCUCUACAUGGCAGGAGUGCUGGCCGGCUCCCUGACAGUGUCCAUCACAGACAUGCGCGCUCCGGUGGUGGGGGGCUCUGGGGGGGUCUACGCUCUGUGCUCAGCACAUCUGGCCAACGUCGUCAUGAACUGGGCUGGGAUGCGAUGUCCAUACAAGCUGCUCCGCAUGAUCCUGGCACUGGUGUGCAUGAGUUCAGAGGUGGGACGAGCUGUCUGGCUCCGCUUCUCACCGCCGUUGCCUUCCUCUGGGCCCCAGCCCAGCUUCAUGGCCCACCUGUCGGGGGCCGUGGUGGGUAUCAGCAUGGGGCUGCUGAUCCUGCGCAGCUACGAGGAGAGUCUGCAGAAACAGUGCUCCUGGUGGGUCAUCGUCUUCUCCUUCAUCACCUUCCUCCUCUUCGCCAUCUUCUGGAAUAUCUUUGCGUACGAGUUGCUAGGGGUUCAAAUACCUCCUCCUCCCUGAUGAAGGCCCCCCCUCACCCCUCCUUUCUUCCUUCAAUUCUCCUCCCCGCCAGGUCCUUCUUCACCUACACACUGACUCCAAACAAAGGUUCCCCUUUGGUAGUUAUUAAAGUUCCCAUUUCCAAGUUAAACCCAAAUGAUAUGAUAUGACGUCGUUGAAAACUAGAAAACAACCAAGAAUCCUUUUUUACAGAUACUUUGCAAAUCAAAGAAAUAUGUCUCUUUUAUUAAAGAGGGAUUACCGUAGCAACAAGUACAGGUGAACACUCCUCAGAUCCACUUUGAGGAGCGGUAUAUCUUUUUUAUACAUACAUCUAAAUCGCAUCUACAUUACCAGCACUAACCUUUCAGUCAGCAUUUAGCCAUCGUGCUCUUUUUUUCAGAGGCUUUUUGUAAAGCAUAAGUCAUGUCUUUGAGUGCAUCUUUCAUACAUGUGAGGAGAUUCAGUUUGAAGUUCAUGACACGUGCCUCUGCUGGAAUUAAAGGGAGUGCGUCCUGCAGUUGUAACAACGAUGGCAAAAUGCAGAGAGAGGUUUUCUGUCUUACAAAGAGAUGAUCAGCUGCAGGGAUGCAACCUACAGAUUUCAUUGUUUUGCUCAAAGGCACUUAUGCAGAGUAGACGCCCUGAAUCCGAAUCUAAAAAUCCGAGCUGCAGGAGAAGAGUUUCAGCAAGAGUAAGCUUAUUUUAUGGAGGCAGCAAUAAAUACAAAACAGAAUCACUGAUGCUUUUUGCAGGAUUAUUGGCACAGUAAAUGAAAAGCGAAAAAAAGAGCAGCUAAGAGAAUGUUUUCUUCAAAUUGAGCUGCUUAGUAGGUGAUCAGACAUCAGUCACAACCCUUUCCAACAGAGUGCAAAUGAAAAAAAGAAACCAUUACUCAGAGCAGCUGCAGGAAGAAUGGAAGAAAAAUGUUUCAAAAUUGAUUUUAGGCCUACUGUUUGUUGAUACUUUCAUCUUCUUAAUCCUAAAAUUAGCUGUCAUUUUCACUCCAAAAGAAGUCAGUUUUCCUUUAUUAUUUCUGUGACAUUAAACCUACACUGUGGAUACAGAAACAAAAGUAAGUCAACAUGGACCAGACAUGAAGAAACAAAGCGACAGGAGAAAAAAGUGACAGCUGACAUUUGCUGGACGGUCAUCCCUCAAGCGAGGAGUUAACUCCUCCUGUUGCUGUUUCAAACGCUAACAACCAACUUGCUUGGCGCACCGUUGUAUAUUUUGCCAUGUCAUGCUCUGUGGCUCUCAGCAAGACAAGGACACACACACACACACACACACACACACACACACACACACACACACACACACACACACACACACACACACACACACACACACACACUUCUCCUGUUUGUCUUUGAGAGCAGACACUGUCUGAUUCUGUUUUGGACAAGCUGAGAAGAACACAACAAACAUACAGACACACACACACACACACACACACACACACACACACACACACACGUAUAUAUACACACACACACUGGCCUCUCUGUUCUUGUUCUGACAGACUGAACUGGGGAGGACGCGGAUGUGUCAUCACUCGACCUCUGACCUACAUGUCCCAGAGGGCAUUGGGGCCUCUCUGUCAGGCCGGUCUAUACCUCAGUUUCUCAUCUUAGGGACUGUAUACUUUUGUAAAGGAAUGUACCUAUAAAGAAAAAAAAAAACAAAGAAGAGUGUUAUUAAGUUGUCCCCAAUUUUCAUUUGAUAGUGGAUGUGUAUAUUGUAUGUUCAUAACCAAGAGUAUAUUUAUUUGUACUUUUUCCUCUCUGGAGAGGAAAAAAGAAAAGUUUCAAAUGGUGCAAAAUUAAUGCCAUGAUUGUUCUCCUGAUAACUCUUGUAUGGCUUUGGCCCUCUAAAAAAACACUCCAUGAGGCAGAAUCUCAACCACCAAUGAUUCAAGCUCACUUGAUCUUUAGUGCUUUACUGAAUAAGCCAUAGAAAGAACUAAUUCAAGUGGGCAAAAGCAGAGGGGAAAUGCUGGUUUUAGGUCUGCUGGUUGGCAGUGAAACUUUUUUUGUUUGUGAUCAAACAUGAUUACUUUAUUGUGAAUAUCCAACACGGGAGGUUACAGAAGACAAACUGUGCAAGUACAAGUCUGUGAAGCUCUGGACUGUUUCAGAUAUUUUCAUGUAGCUAUGCUCAUUUUUUUUUACAUCUUUAACUUGUUUCUGAUCAAUGCUUUUAUUUUUAAUUUUUGUGCAACUUCCCACAUCUUCUGUCUGUCUGCCCCCUGAUGUGUGCAGACACCUCGACCAAGUUCUUCUUCUUCUGCACAUAUCAAAUCAAAGUCUUGGAUUCUGUCGAAGAUGAAACCCUCCAGAGUGAUUCAAGCUUUUGGAAAGCCAGGGCGAGGAUAGCAAUUUCAUUUACUCAUGCUAUGUUCCAUUUUUCAGACUUUCAAUCAAUAAUUCAUCCAAAUGUCCGCCGGCUGCCUGAGGGGGGAACAUUUUUAUGCAUUUGCCAAUUUCGAUAGUUGGUCAUAAAUACAGUCCUCAGCAUUUGCGUUCUUGUGAAAGUGUCAAAAGUAACAGAAGACUCGGUGUUAAAUGAGGGAAUCUGUAGGAAAUAGCCAGAAUAAGCCAUUUCCAGAUGCAUUAGAAGAGAAAAGAUCAGCCAAUAUGUGGAAGUAAUGGAUCCUUGAUAGAAACUCUUGUGUGUACUUGGAAAUAUUAUCACUUGGGAUGGCAGAGAUACAUUAAUGAAUAAUGCAUACAUACCCUGUUAGCCUAUAAUGGAGAUAAAGGGGAAAGCCUGAGAGGAGGUUAAUGUGCCUCUUUAACUUAAGAUUCAUAGGAACCCUGAAGGGUUGUAAAAAGGGCUAGUCGAUGGCUAUGUUUUUGUAGAACACAUUAACUGUGAAUAUCAUCCAAUGUGGAAGAACAUGCAGGACAAAAAUGAAGAGCUUGUUGCCCCUAAAACUUGAAAGAAAAGAUACUUGACUGAGUUCUUCUCGUGCAGUGUUUAGUUUAGUUUAGCUGUCUGUGCUGUUUCCUCCAAAAAAAAAACAACAACUUUGCAUCAUCAAAAGUGAGAAAGUGACUCUUAACAACAAGAUGGUUUCGAGGAAACUUUUCAGGUUUAUUUCUGUGCGCCACAUCUCCUCUUGGCCCUGAUCCUGAGCAAACAUCAGCACCAAAACACCCUCUGAAAAAGUCCUCACCGCUGCACCCAUACAGCUAAAGGAGAGGAGAAAACCUAACUCACAUCCUCCAUCUGACAACGUGUGACAGUCGGGGUGUUUGUGAGGGAGAGACGAAAGAAACAAAAGAGCUGGCACUCUUCACAAAAACCCUCAGCAGGGCUCUAAAGCAGCAAGCGGCCAGGCUUUUUUAUCCUGCCGGGCUUCUGUCACAACAGCCCAGUGUCAGGAUGAUGCAUGUCUCUUUUUUUGUAGGAUGCACCAGAGCCCAAAGCUACACAGGAUAUCUUCCUUUAAUAAGCAGAACUGACAGGCGGGAUGAUGUUAAUUUAAUUGCCGUCUUUGAGUGGCACAUUUCUUGAACAGAGUAAGAAAGGCUCGGUGAAGGUUAGUGCUAACUUGUUUGAGCCUCACUCCUACUUGAGCCCUAGCUGAUGUGAAAGCACCCAGAAUAUUUCUUCUUUCUUUGCUCUAAAAGGCAGCAGACUUUUCUUGCAGCUACUUGACAUUUUCCUGACUGCUGUUUGUCUCUUGUUCUUGUUCUUGUUUUAAUCAUAGUGGACUUUUAUUUUGCACUUACGUACAUGUUGCCAUGCCAUACUCUCGACUGCCAUGAACAUUGUUUGACGCUUGUUACCUCCCUAUGCUAAUCCAUCUUGCUGUAGAGCCCAAUGCCUUGUUUUAAAUAAGCUCAAAACUGAAGACAGAGUUCUUUAGCUAAAUCUUAAUGCUCACAUUCACACAAGAAUAAAAACAGCAGUGCAAACAUC